UGCUCAAGUCUUUGCUUCAUUAGAGAUCAUGUCAGAAAGGGAGGAUGAUGAAGGGGCUUUAUGUGUUUCUUGUGGGCAGAAAGGUGAAAUGCUCGCUGGACUGAGGUGAACACAGAGCUGGAGAUGAUGAAGAUCUGAAUGAACGCACUAUCGGGUUCAGAACCUUCCAGAAGUCCAGAUGGAGCAGGAUGUCGAGAGCACCGUCACGGUCAGACAACCCAAACUGCCCAAGCAGGCACGAGACGAUAUCCCCAAAGUGCUGCAGGAGAGAGAGCGCAGCAAGCAGAAGAUCCAGCGUUACGUUCGGAAAGACGGCAAAUGCAACGUUCACCACGGAAACGUACGCGAGACCUAUCGCUACUUAACGGACAUCUUUACCACGCUGGUGGACCUCAAGUGGAGGUUCAACCUCUUCAUCUUCGUGCUGGUUUACACCGUCACAUGGCUCUUCUUCGGCUUCAUGUGGUGGUUGAUCGCGUACGUACGAGGAGAUCUGGACCAUAUAGGAGACAACCAAUGGACUCCUUGCGUCAACAACCUCAACGGGUUUGUGUCCGCGUUUUUAUUCUCUAUAGAGACGGAGACGACCAUCGGGUACGGCCACAGGGUGAUCACCGACAAGUGUCCGGAGGGGAUCGUCUUGCUGUUGGUGCAGUCCGUGCUGGGCUCGAUAGUCAACGCCUUCAUGGUCGGCUGUAUGUUUGUGAAGAUCUCGCAGCCAAAGAAGCGCGCCGAGACUCUGGUGUUCUCCACCAACGCCGUCAUUUCCAUGCGCGACGGCCGGCUGUGUCUGAUGUUCCGUGUAGGGGAUCUGCGCAACUCCCACAUCGUGGAGGCGUCGAUCAGGGCCAAGCUGAUCAAGUCCAAACAGACCAAGGAGGGAGAAUUUAUUCCUCUUAAUCAAACGGACAUAAACGUGGGCUACGACACCGGAGAUGACCGGCUCUUCUUGGUAUCUCCGCUCAUCAUUUGCCAUGAGAUUAAUCAACAGAGUCCCUUCUGGGAGAUCUCCAAACAGCAUCUUGCCAAGGAGGAGCUGGAGAUAGUGGUGAUUCUGGAAGGCAUGGUAGAAGCUACAGGAAUGACGUGUCAAGCACGCAGCUCGUACGUUGCCAGUGAAAUAAAGUGGGGAUACCGCUUCACCCCUGUCUUGACCCUGGAAGAUGGUUUUUACGAAGUGGACUACAACAGCUUUCACGAUAUAUAUGAAACCAACACACCCAGCUGUAGCGCUCGAGAGCUGGCCGAAAUGACGGCGCGCUCGCGUCUGCCGCUCACCUGGUCUGUGGCCAGCAAACUGAGUCAACAGGGGGCGCUGGACUCGCGUGAUGACCCUCUGGAGAAGAGCCGUCAAACAGACGAGAUGACGGAGAGAAACGGAGACAUCGCCAAUAUCGAAAAUGAGUCAAAAGUGUAAGACGAAACAAGGACCCCGCCCUCUCCUCUGAACCGGCUGAGGUCAGAGGUCAGCUCAGGAAAGCGCCCAGAGUCGGGCGGAGGACACGAACAUCCAAUCACUGCACGUGCGCUUCUCUCUCAGCCCAAAGAGUGCAGCGUGUUGACGGAUGAACUGCAUGGUUUUCAAAAUGAUUUUUGUAAAGAUAAGAAAUGAUAUUUUCACAUUUGUAAUUUAAAGAUUAAAACCUAUAUAUGAAUAAUAUACAUAUAUAUAUAUACACACACACAAGUAUAUAUAUAUAUAUAUAUAUAUAUAUAUAUAUAUAUAUAUAUAUUCUAGGGCAUUUGCAUUUGUAUUUUUUGUAUGUAUAUAUAUACAUAUAUAUGUGUUUGGUUUGCGAUGUGUGACAAUUUGACCAGAGGUUGUCUGAUAAAUCUGACUCAACUGUACGUCUGUAUAUUCUGCCUUCUGAAAUAGAAACUCUUUGGGUUUCCAGACCUAUUUAACCACGCAUGGACAAAACAAUCCCGUUAGGUGAUUUUCUCUGAUGUACAUAAUUUAAAGUACUGUAGGUCAUAACAGUUAUGGCACAGCAGGUCUUUAUAUUGGAUGCAAAUCUGAAAUGUUUGAGCACUGCAGAGGUAAAUGUGGCAUAACUGGGCAGCGGUGUGUGCGCAGACAGCAGACGACUCCGGACCAGAUCCGCACCGGAUCCGGACUUCAGCCGCCUUUCCACUGUACAUGACAUUUAGACGCAACUGUCGGAAUUCGCCCCCUAGUGGCACUCGUCAUUAAAAGUUUAAUUGUAAAUCUGUGGCAACAUAGGAGAAAAGCUCAUUCCAGCGCAAGAGCCUUCAAUCUACAAAUAUUCACUGUAGUGGAAUAAAUGAAUACAAAUGAAUAAAAUAAUAAACAGCUAUGCAUAUAUGAUAAAGACAUUUUGAAACAAGAUUAAAGUAAUAACGUAUACAUUUUAAAUUAAUAAUGUAUUACUUAUCAGUAACAAUAGUUUUUUUUAAAGGAUUAAAUUGUUACUAAUAAAGUUAAACAAAAAGGAUUAAAUAAUUUGUAAUACACUGAAAUACAUAACGUCUGGUCAGCGUACCGCAUGCAGGGCCUCAUUUAUAUAAUGCUGCGUAGAAACCAUCCUAAAUUUAAUCUUACGAUCAUUUAUCAAAAAUGCAGAAUCGGACAGGCAAAAGUGCGUACAUAUGUUGAGACCCUGAUGUGGCGCUAAGCACUUUUUUCACGUCAAAGAGAAAGUUUUUAUAAAUAUGGACUUUGCUGUGGAUUUUUGCGUACGCACAGUUUACGAUCAAAUCUGUCAAAAUAGAUCCGAUCAAACAGAUCUGAAAAUGACGUAUCUGCAGGUCGGCCCCUCACGCAGCCCAUUUGUGACUCUCCAUAGGGAAUGACUUGGGGUUUAUUGCCCAUCGUGUGCAGUUAUAAGGCCGCUUUUGGCCCAGAUGCAGUGCGGAUCCGGCCCGGAGUCGUCUGUUGUGUAUGUGUGUCUGUGUGUGAACGUGUGUAGUUGUGCAUGUCUGCCCAAAAUAUCCUUCCGUCCUAAAAGCAGGACUUUUUAUUCAUGUUUACCACCUGUUCUUCAUUAUCAUAAUUUGGUUAUUUGCCAUUUAAACGCAAAGGAUUCUUUCACCUCCAUUACAAUCCCGUCAUCAUUACUCGCGCCCUCAGUUUAUCUGAACUCUCCUGGAGUUUAUAAUAGUGACCCGUGUCUGUCAAUAAAGUCUCAAUGAUGUUUUCUAUUCUGGGAUAAACGGAAAUGAAACUUUAAUAUUCUGCAGUAGAUUUCCAUUGUGAUGUUCAAACUCACAUUAAUGUGCCAUUAUGAAUCAGCGAUUUGAAUCCUAAUGACAAUCAAAUUUGCAGUCUGAUCUCUGUAAAAAAUAUUUGCCGUAGUUAUGCACCAGCAACUUACUGUAGAUUUAUAUUGAUGUUAUUUACUGGCAAGAGUUUGUUCAAAGUUAAAUGAACAUUAAACAUGAAGAAGUCUUUAUCUUUACAGCAGUGGUUCUCAAACUUUUCUGGUGUGUGGCCCCCCUGUGUACGAUGCAUCCCUUUGUAGCCCCCCUAAGAAAAUUUAAGACAUUAAACAUUCCAAAACUUCCAAAAUUUGAAUGAAACAAAACAUAUUAAAGUAUACAAUUUAGUGCUGUUUGAUAGUAGACUUAUUUUGCUGAGGUUUAAUUACACAGAGUUUAUGAUAAAUUGAAUGUAUUUUUUAAAUGUCAUUAAACUGGGCCCCCAGUUUGAGAACCACUGCUUUACAGAAUAAAACUAUUAAAUAAGAGCCUCAUGCAAAGCAUCCUGGGAACCAGAAAUCCUCAUCAACCUUUUUCUGUUUUUUUCUUCAGAUUUUGUUUCCCAGAAUGCUUUGCAUGAAUCUGUUAUUUUAUAGUUUUAUUCUGUAAAGAUAAAGACUUCUUCAUGUUUAAUGUUCAUUUAACUUUGAACAAACUGCCAGUAAAGAACGUCAAUGUAAAGUUACUGGAUAACAGCUGGCAGUAACCCUGUCAUUUCUACAGACAUUUUUUUAAGAGUAUGAACAAUGUCGAGAUCAGUGAGAAUAAACAUCAAUCUUCUGAUGAUUUGAUUUUUAAGAGAAUUCUUAAAAUAGAAAGAAUCUUGAGUGGUUUCUCAUCACAGACGCUCAGUUUGUUUUUCUCCAUUUUGUCAGACAGAAGCAGCUGAUAGAAGUCCGACGUGUCCCUCACACCCAAAACCAAAGAGCCGAACCUUCACAUCUCAAGUUAAAGCGUGACGUCAUUCCUGCAUCCACAAUCACAUAAAGUUCUUUUAAUUUUUGUUCAAUAACAUUUAAUAAGAUCAUAAUAAAAUCUCACUGAGAGAGGUUACAAAAAACAACUCUUUGGGGCGGUUUCCCGGACAGGGAUUAGAUUAGUCCUAGACUAGAAGAAAUUUAAGAGCUGUCCAAACCGAAAACAACUUUCACGGACAUAUCUUAAAAUACAUCAGUGCUCUUUGUUUUGGACACAGGUGUUGUUUUUAGUAAGGCAUGUUUGUUAAAACAAGUUAUAUUUCCGAAUUAAACUUAUGCCUAGUCCUGUCUUAAACUAAUCCCUGUCUGGGAAACCACCUCUUUAUAAUAAAUCCCCCAUGAAGCCUUGAUAAGAAAGAAUCAAAUGUGUCUAUGCUGUCUAUUAAGUGCCCUUUAAACUCCCUGCUGAUCGCAAGCCAUUCAAAUGUUGUCUGAAUUUUGUUCAGUUUAUUCACUUGGGAAAUAAUAAAUCAGGAAGAUUAACAUUUAA